CCGCCCACCCCGUGGUGCCGUCUUGCGGGCGCUGGUGAAGGGAGCUUCGCGGUCGGCAGAGUGAGAGUAGCUGCUGCGUUCCUGGCCACCUUCGUCCGCGUUACAACAGUGCGGCCAUGGCAGAACCGCUGCCCGCGUCCGGCGGCCUCACCGAUGAGGCCGCCCUCGGCUGCUGCAAAGACCCGGACCCCAGCACCAAGGAUUUUCUCUUGCAGCAGACCAUGCUGCGAAUUAAGGAUCCUAAGAAGUCAUUGGACUUUUAUACUAGAAUUCUUGGAAUGACACUACUCCAAAAAUUAGAUUUUCCCACUAUGAAAUUUUCACUCUAUUUCUUGGCUUAUGAGGAUAAAAAUGACAUCCCAAAAGAUAAAGAUGAAAGAGUAGCAUGGGCAUUCUCCAGAAAAGCUACACUUGAACUGACACACAAUUGGGGCACUGAAGAUGAUGAGGCCCAGAGUUACCACAGUGGCAAUUCAGACCCUCGGGGAUUUGGUCACAUUGGAAUUGCUGUUCCUGAUGUUCACGGUGCUUGUAAAAGAUUUGAAGAACUGGGAGUCAAAUUUGUGAAGAAACCUGAUGAUGGUAAAAUGAAAGGCCUGGCAUUUAUUCAAGAUCCUGAUGGCUACUGGAUUGAAAUUUUGAAUCCUAACAAAAUGAUAACUAUUAUUUAGCUCUGUGAGAAUGCUGCUUUGAGAUUUCAGUGAAGACAUUGUGGAAGGUAAAAAAGGAGACAAUGUGAUUCAAGAUAUUCAUUUAACAGAAGCAACUAGGACUGAUGGAUUAUUGUCUCAAUUCAAAUUGUUCUUAAGUCUAUUUCCCUUUCCUAUUUCAGCUAUGUUUUUCAUCUAACUGUUCAGUCAUUCUAGUUUUAAAGUAGUGCUUUGUCUUAUGUCCUUGAAUGUAGUUGUAUAACUACUUUUUUAGGCAAUAAUUAGAACGAUUCCGUUCAGAGGCUGCAUUUUGCCUUCUAUCUUCUGACGAGAUACAAGUCUACAA